AUGGCGCAGUUCACGGGGGAAAUGAGCGGACACGCGGCGACGACUCCAACUCGACUCCCAAAGCAAAGGGGCUCUCGCAACGAUCAAAACACUCGGGUUCUCGACAACACGACUUGGAAGCCAGAACAACCACAGCGAGGGAGAAUCCAGCCGACUCCACGAAAUCCCCCCGACCUCUCAGCUUUGAGCCUGCACACCCUCGAACAGGACUGGUGCAUCCAGCUAAUUUAA